UGAGUCGGAUCAGAUCCCCACUCGAGAACUGUAGAAGAUCCGGUGACUCUGUCCUGGCUGUCGCCGCCUCUGAGGCUCCUCCUUCCCCCGCCUUCUUUCCCUCGUUCUGCGCCACGAAGCAGGAAGCAUGACCAGUCUUCUCUGGCUGUGAUGGGGAAGGGGAGGAAGCCGAGGUACCAGGAUUCCCUCCCUCUCCCCGAGAAUUGGAGGUUCCAGGACCUACCUGUCUCCUCCUCCGAUGAUGGUCCUUUCCGUGGAGAAACCCAGGGGGCCGACGGCGAACCUUCCCCCACCGAUGCCGAUCGGGUCUCCCCUGCUUCCUCUCGAGACGCCUGUUUUCUCCAGGUUCCCAUAUCCGAGUUCGUGACACGUUCUAGAGCAAACGAACGGAAUUCCGUGGACGAAGGCUCCGUUAAAAGAGACAAGGAUCCGAGGAGCGGCCGGUCGCUGAAUUUGGCUUGCGAUUCUUUGCCUUCUGCUACUACUGCACCUCCGGAGGUUGACGAUACUACUUCUGCCUCUUCUUCUGAGGAAGGGGAGGAGGGGAAACCUGCUACGAUUGAGUCGCAAGAACGAGAUUUAGCAGUGGCAGAGAGUUCUAAUGAGCGCACGGAUGCCCUCGACGCGGAGGUGGUCUUUGACCGAUUAGCAGAGAUUGCUAUCGGUGCUCAAGAGCCAGAACUGAGCGAGGAAGAGAUCAGGAUCAACGAGGAACUGCAGGAAGAUGAGCAACUAGUUUUGAAGGCGAUUUAUGGGGAAAAUAUUAGUUAUUCUGAAAGAAAGGGAGGACUGCGAGCACUCCAGAUCCAUAUUCACUGUGAAAUUCCUGAUGAUUUUACUGUCUCAGUAAAGCUUGACUCAUCCACUGAUGUUGGGGAUGCUCAUAAAAGGGAUAUUGGGAAUUGUGGAUCUGAUGAGUUUGUGUAUUCUUUCAAGGUUCAGCAUCUUCCCCCGAUUAAGUUGACAUGUUUGUUGCCCUUGUCUUAUCCAAGUCACAGAACCCCCUACUUCAGGAUCUAUGUUGAGUGGCUGGAUGCUAAAAGAAUAAGUGAUAUUUGCUGCAUGUUGGACACUAUCUGCACUGAGCGACAAGGGCAGGAAGUAAUAUACCAGUGUGUUGAAUGGCUAAAAUGUUCAUCUCUUCCAUACUUAGGGUGUGAAAGGGGGAUCAGACUAGGUCCAUAUGAUUGUUCUGUAAGAGACAAACGGGCAGUAUCAGGGUGUGACUCUCCAAGUGCAAAUAUUCUGACACUUAUGAGUUAUAAUGAGAACAAGUGUCAUGAGGAUUUUCAAAAAAAUCUGCAUACAUGUUCCAUCUGCCUCAGUGAGCACUUGGGACUGGACUUUGUUCGACUCCCAUGUCAACAUUUUUUCUGCUGGAAAUGCAUGGAAACCUUGUCAAGAAUGCAUGUAAAUGAAGGUACAGUAGACAAGUUGCAUUGUCCUGAUGUGAAGUGUAAGAGCAUUCUACCACCUGCACUGCUUAAGUGUCUUCUUGGAGCUGAAGCAUUUGAAAGAUGGGAGUCACUCUUAUUGCAAAGAACUUUGGACUCGAUGACUGAUUUAGUGUAUUGCCCAAGGUGCGAAACUCCCUGUUUGGAGGACAAGGAUCAUGAUGCUCAAUGUACCAAGUGUUUCUUUAGCUUUUGCAGUCUCUGUGGUGAACAUCGUCAUGUAGGAAUAGAAUGCAUGACGCGAGAAGCAAAGCUUCAGAUAUUGCAGGAGCGCCAAAAGCGUCAGCUGAAGGCCGAUCAAAGGCGCAAGGAGCUAGAUCUUAUAAACCAGAUUCUUAGCGUCAAGGAGGUGCUCCGUGUUUCAAAACAAUGCCCUUCAUGCAAGAUGGCAAUCUCAAAAAUUGAAGGUUGCAACAAGAUGGAGUGCUGGAACUGUGGGCAGUACUUUUGCUAUAAGUGCAACAAGGCAAUUGAUGGCUAUGAUCAUUUUAGCGAAGGAAAUUGUACACUUUUUGCUGCGCAAGAAAUUCAAAACUGGGAGCGGCAGAUGAAUGAUCGACAAGCCAUCGCUCAGGCUCAGGCUGAAUUGCAUCCUGAAGCUGCUCAUCCUUGUCCCUUCUGCGGUCAAGCGAAUGCAAAGAUCGGAAAUAACAACCACAUCUUCUGUUGGUCCUGCCAAAAUCAUUUCUGUGCUUUGUGUGGCAAAGUUGUAAGGCGCAGCUCACAGCACUACGGACCGAAGGGCUGCAGACAACAUACUCAAAAUUGACUACAAUCGCAACCCAACCCCCAUUUGAGUUGAGAAACCGUCCGUCCAGAUCAUGGGUUGGGGCGCAUUUAUUUGCAGGAGUUCUUUCUCAUCUUAAUUUCUAUUUUUCUUGAUUUUUGUUCAAGUGCGUUAACAAAAAGCUCCAAUGAUGGUGCAUUUGUCUACAAUCGCAAGUGUCAUUUUCUGAGGCUUAUGCCUGUGCGGGGGAUGUUUCUCUGCACACUUGUUGUGUCCAUAAUAUUUUGUUACUCAUUAAAAGAAAAUCCUUUCAUGAAUAAACUGCUAGUAAGCUUUGGUGUGUAGCUUAACUCACCUCCCUGAAAUCUAGUUUAUAAUAAAACUGCUUUCGGUCAUCUACAAUUA